UGGAUAAAGUAAAAGAUAUUGUAGUAAUACCGAGGUGCAUACACUGCAUACAUCGCUUUAAUAAAAGUGACUGUCUACCGAGGAAAUGAUUGCGCACUGGUGUUUUGUCUCGCUGCUAUGUUAUGGAUUCGUCGUUCAAAUAAAUGGUCUAUUUCGCACACGCGGAAUAUUCUCUCCGAAAACCGAUCCCAAUCUAUUGGUCGAAGAUAAAGUAGAACAAAACGGCUACCCUUUUGAACUUCACCAUGUAACAACUGAUGACGGAUAUAUAUUGGCUGUUCAUCGGAUACCUAAUCGCUCGAAUACAACUAUUGAGAAUAAUCGAGUAGUAUUGAUCAUGCAUGGAUUGUUGGGAUGUUCGAUGGAUUGGCUGAUAACGGGUCCGAAUCGAUCACUCGCUUAUCUCCUGGCUGACGAUGGCUAUGAUGUGUGGCUCGGCAACUCUCGUGGAACCACCAAUUCAAAGAACCACACGUACCUUCCCAUAAGCAGCGCUAAAUUCUGGGAUUUCAGCUGGCACGAGAUGGGUAUAUACGAUUUGCCGGCUAUGAUAGACUAUAUAUUAUAUCAAACUGGCCAAAAGCAGCUGUUCUACGUAGGCUUUUCUCAAGGAACAACGCAGUUUUGGGUCCUUGCGUCCCUCAAGCCAGAAUACAAUAAGAAAAUCAAACUUAUGUCAGCUCUAGCUCCUGUGGCUUACACUGGACACAUUGGCGGUUUGCUGAGACCUUUGAGUUAUUUUGCGGAUUAUUUUAAAGGAUUUUACAAGUUCACUGGAUAUUUUGAAAUGUUAGCGAAUACGGAAUUAGAGAAAUUCGUAACACACGUCUUAUGCCAGAAAGACAUUGUCACUCAACCCUUGUGCCAGCUGAUCGUAUCCAUGAUUGGAGGUUUUAGCAUCGGAGAGACGGAUUAUGAGCACUUGGAGGAUUAUCUGCAAUUUGCACCAGCGGGAUGCUCGUUCAAGCAAUUGGUUCACUACGCGUUGGGCAUUCAGAAUCCAGGACAUUUUCGGCCUUACGAUUAUGGCACAUUACCAAAUCUCAAGUUUUACAGGCGAUUCGUUCCGCCGGAGUAUCCCAUGGAAAAAAUCACGGCCCCCGUGAUUUUGUAUAACGGCUUGAAUGAUAUUUUGGCUGCUCCAAAUGUAAUUAAAUGCAUCACUAAUUUGCCGUUGUGUAUACAACAAUUGAACGAAAGGAAGAUAUUCUGUUGUCUUUUCAAUCUUGCAUAA